UGCCGCCAGCAGAUGGUGUUUGCCGUUGACAACUUUCCCAGUGGAGCGGCUGUAGGGAGCUAUUCAACCGUCCAGCUGUCUGCGGGGACCGGACGGGUUAUAUGGGCGCCUCUGCGACAUUGUCUUGAGUGAAGAUGGCGGAUGACUUGGACAGCUUUCUUGCUGAGCACAAGGCCAAAGUGGCAGAAGACAGAGCCACUCUGGCUCAGGACCCCCCUUACCUGGAAAUCAGGCAAACAAAGGCUUACAAUGCCUACGACUCUGCCAGCAAAGAGAACAUCCCUCCCUCUAAGUGGUCCUCAGCCCAGAGACUGCACAAUGCCCAAGAGGAGAGCGCCGGCCUGAGUCUGCCGCUGGGAGAGGACUAUGAGAGGAAGAAGCACAGGCUGCAGCAGGACCUGCGUCUCGACUACAGGCGCUACAUGGCUCAGAGGAAAGAUAUGAAUGCAGGGGAGACAGGCCCUUCCCAGCAGGGCCCCUCUCUGCCCCUCUCUGAGAGGAGAUUCGGAAAGGAGAGACUCCGAUCUGAAAGGAGCAGGGACUAUAAUCCCUUUCACAGAGGAGAAGGGGAAACAGACAAGCUCCCACUCAGAGCACCUCCAGACCCUGAGGGUCACCCAAGCCCGAGACCCCCCUCCCUCCUGGAACAGCCCCCACCCAGGAGGGACGCCGCCACCCUUACAGAGGCGGGGCUGGGGGUGCCGAGGGGGAGGAGGCAUCGGGAGUGGAGGAGCCAGAGGCCGGAGGCGGAGCUGAGCCACUGGGAGGGGUCCCGGGCGAUGAGGGGGGAGUACAACUGGGGGCGAGAGUUUUCGGAGGACGAAGAGGAGGAGCUGGCCGUGCUGGACAGGAGGAGGCCCAGACCAGGACUGGACCCGGGGCACACGGACAGGAGGGCACGGCGGCUCUACCACAGAGCCGACAGAGAUGUACCCAGGCUCUGGGAGAGGGGCCUUGAUGACUAUGAAGAGUACCCAGAAAUGUACCGGUAUGCACAGAGGCCGAGAAAUGAGAACAGGGUUUUGAGGGAGAGGAGAGAAGUGGAGCCCCCUGCUGUCCAUGAAGAGGACUACAGAGAGGGGAACCUGGGCACCCUGUCAGCCACGCCCAGACCCAGGCUGCCGGCGGCGGUGACAGGGAGGCCCAACGAGAAGGCGCGACCCUCCAUCGGGAAGGACGAAGCGGAGUUCGCAACUGGACUCAUGAUUGGUGCUGCGGAUUCGGACAUCGUCUCCCAGAGGAGGAAGGAGCAGUACAGACAGGAGCUGCAGGAGCAGAUGGCUGAGCAGCGAAGAAACCGGAAGAGGGAGAAGGAUCUGGAGCUGAGAGUUGCUGUUACGGGAAUCAACGACCCUGAGAAACAGCCAGACCGCAUCAGGCACUUUGGGUCAGUGGGGCGUGACUCCACCCAGCUGGGGCGUGGCCUCGACGCGCUGGGGGGAGAUUUGGGCGGGGUGCCCCGCGAGGAGAAACCCCCGCCUGAGCGACCGCGUGUGGCCUUCCAGUCUCCCCUGCUGGACUACAGCGCCGCCCUGGGGGCGCUGUCUGGCACUGCAGCAGGCGGGGUCACCCCUCUCUAUGAAGACUACCACAGAGGAGCCCCCAGCACCCUGGGAGAGAUGGGUGUCCCCAGACUGCCAGGUGUCCCUCACCCCCCACCGUCCACACUGAGUGACGCGUACAGAACUCCAUACGAUGACGCCUACUUCUACUACGCCACGAGAGACCCGCUGGACCCCGCCGUCGCCCACAACGGACCUUCCCCAGAAAGGAACUCCACUGCCCUCUUAGCCCCGCCCCCACCCGUCCAGCCCCACCCACCAGCUGCCAGUCAAAGGGCCGCCGCCGCCGCCGCCGCAGGCUCCAGGAUUGGUGCAUUUCCAUCAGACAGGGAGGUCUCUCAGGCCAGAGAGCGCAUACGCAGUUACCAGGAGGCUCUCAAGCAGCAGAUCCGCGACCGGCAGGAGCACAGGAGGAGGGAGAAGGAGGAGAGCGAGAGCCUGGAGGCCCGGCUGGAGGCGGAGAUGCUGACCUACGACCCCUGGGGGCGAGGCGGGGGCGGGGCGCCCCUCAGAGACAACCAGGGGAACCUCAUCAGUGACCUGAACCAGAUGCACAAGACCAAUGAGGAGGCCUACCUGAACCCCCUCUCCCGGGACAAGAGGGCGGCGGUGUCAAACGACAGGAACGACCCACCUGCCAGAGCGGCAGACAGGGCACCCUCUGACAGAGUCUCAGGUUUUGCAUACGGCCAGACGUCUCCAUUUGCUCGAGGCAAUGUUUUCUCAGAGGUGCCCACGGCACAGCAGCUUCAGGAGCAGGACAAGUACAAGGACUACCUCAAACAGCAGAUCGAGGAGAAGCGGCGCAGGGAGGCGGAGGAGCGAGAACGCCUGCGUCUGGAGGAGGAGCGGGAGGAGAGGAGGCUGGCGGAGCAGAGGGCCCGCAUCCUCAGGGAGUACGAGGAGGAGCAGGAGAAGAGGAGGCGCAAGGAGAUGGAGCAAAGGGCCAAGAACGAGGAGCUGAUGAGGCAGGCGGAGGAGCGCAGGAAGGAGAUGGAGCGGAAGAAGAAGGAGCAGGAGGAGAAGGAGAGGGAGGCGCUGAGGAAGGAGUACGAGAGGGAGAGACAGGCGCGGCUGCAGGAGGCGGUCAGGGCCCCGUCCCCGCCCAUCCCAGCGCUGCGGAAGAGGGGGUCCCAGUACACGCCCCGACCCCCUUCUGCGGAGAGCCGGCGUUCCACCGUCACCCUGUCUGAGCACUGUAUGUCCGGCUCGCAGUCCCCACCUGUACCGGCCCGCAGGAACCAGCUGAGAGCUGCAGCGGAGCAGCACGGGGUGAUCAGCGAGCUGUCGGCUCUGCGCAGGCAGCUGCGCAGUGAACAGCGGCGGCUGGGCGAGCAGCUGCAGCUGCAGACGGAGAGGGAGGGGCCGGACACCCCCCUGAGCGACAGAAACAGGGAGCGCCCCCCGGUGGAUAUAUUCGAUAUGGCAAGACUGCGCAUACAGGCCCCUGUCAGGAGACCCUCCUCCAAAAACGCAGAGCCGUUCCACCUUCAGAACAGCCACGACUUCAGACAGCUCAAAUACAGAGGCAGGGACUCUGCAGAUGCAGGCCGGCUCUCGUUCCCGGACCCCCCCUCACAGGAGCCGCGGCGGGUUGGGAGUCUGAGGAGGGGGGGCGUGGAUGACUAUUUUGACCUUUCACCUCUACGACAACACGCCCGUCACUUGAGGAAGGGCUCUGAGGACACCUCUCUGAGGGGAUCGCUGCUCGAAUCGGAGAGCGCCUUCAUCGAUCCGAGCGGGGAGGCGUUCCCUGUGUCACCGGAGCCGGAGCCGGAGCGGAGGACCCGUCAGCUGUCUGCCCGAGAGCGGAGGAGAAUGAGGAGGGCGGAGCUUCUCAGUGAAAGGGGAGGUGAUGUGGAGAGGACUCCAGCAGGACUCCACCCAGAGCAGGUCAAAGGUCACCCAGGGCGCGGAGGGGAGCGGCAGGAGGAUCUCAGCCGGAGCAGCUGGAGAACGGGCGAAGGGGACGCCCCCCUCCAGCAGCCAGCCUCCCCUCAGACCCCCCAGCGGCACAUCUCCACGGAAACCAUCAACACGGACCUCUGGAUCCGGCCCAGCACCUCGGACAUGCUGAAACACGCAGGGGUGGGCCCCGCCCCGCUGGACAGGCAGCCGAGCCAGGAUUCGCUGGUCCACGGCUGGGACGGUCCCUCCACCUAUCACGGCUGAGUCACGCCUCGCCCCACUCACUCACCGCACUUUAAAAGCACUGACCCUGGAACACAGUUCUCUCGCACGGUGGCUGCAGUUAGGCUUGGGGAGUAGAGCAGUCUGAUCCUGGAUCUGUUCCCUGCGCUGACACUGUUCCCUGCGAUGUUACAGAGGUGAUCUGGUGUAUUAGUGUUUUUUGCUGAGGGGUCAGCUGCUUCAGCUUUGUGAUAUUGUCCAGUUAUCCAUUCGAGUGUAGCCAAAUGUAUUAAUACAUUCUACCUCCACUUUAUUCAUUAAAAAUUCACCUUUAAAAAAUUUGUAAUGUUUCUGGAAGUGUACCAGUUGCUUCGGAGCAUGUUUUUGCGAACCAGCAAUCAGAAAGAGUCUGUGCAGAUUAUUUGCAAACUUAAGUUUCCAACCAAUUCAGAUCAAAUUGAUGGACGAAAUUCAGUCUGCUUAAAAAAAGAACUCGAAGUCCAAGGGAGAAAGGAGCCGCACAGCGGCGCUGAAUGUACGCUUGGGCUUUCGUGACAGCAGUAGACCAGGCUCGACUUCAGAAAGUAUUAACCCUUAAGGUGCUUUCAUUUACAGGAUGCUGAAAGGUUCAGUCCAGACACAGAGGCUUUCUUACAGGGUGUGAUGCAGCACAGAUUCUCUGAUCUGUGCAGCAUGUGCAUCGGCUGAUGUGAGAGGCACAGUGAAUGGGAUGGGCUGUUUAGUAGUGCAGAUCUAGUCAGAUCAGUUGCUGGAAAAUCACUCCACAGCCGUUGAGUGUGGACUUUACCCCAAAUGUCAGCUCCGUCCAUGGUUGUUUUAGUGACAUUGCUUUAGCUGAUCCGAGGUGAGGCAUCGCAGCACAAAGCUGGUGUUUGGUGGGAUGCUGUGUGUUCAGGCGCCAGCGUGUUGGGCAUGGAGGAUUUACACGUUCGUUUCUGACCAGGGCCUUGCAAAUGUAGCCAGAUCCUCAAAUGAUUUUAGUGAACUUCUUGUUGGCAUAAAAAAAAAAAAAUCUUUAGUCCAGUUCAGUGUCCUUUUACGGAAAAACGCUAAGUAAUAACAGUACUGUCCCAAUCUUGGAAGUCUCCUUAAAACAUUAGCAUCUAAGCGUUGUUAGAAAAUAAAAGGCAGGCAGAGAUUUGUGGAAAUCCUCCAAGCCUAAUCAUAUGGAAUGUUCUCCAUUAGAAAUAAACACGAUUGUACAUAACUGUA